AACAGUUUCGAGAUGUGGCGGAGAGAGGUCCCCGUUGGGUGAGCAGCCCGGGAAGGCCCGCCCAGAUUCCGGCCCCCUGCCCUUGUCCCCUGGGCUGGGGGCGCGGGCGCAGCCGGGGGCCCGGAGGGCACCGAGAGGCGCCAGCGGGACCCGAGGCCCAAGCAGGCGGCCGAGGCGGGCCGGGCGCAGCAGCCAUGCCCACCUGGGGGGCUGGCGCCCCGUCCCCUGACCGCUUUGCGGUGUCUGCGGAGGCAGAGGAGCGGGUGCGGGAGCAGCAGCUCUGCGUGGAACGCAUCUUCGGCGUGGGGAUGAGCGUCCUCCCUAAGGACUGUCCCGAGAACCCUCACAUCUGGCUGCAGCUUGAGGGCCCCAAGGAGAACGUGAGCCGAGCCAAGGAGUACCUGAAGGGGCUCUGUAGCCCGGAGUUGCAGGAGGAAAUCCACUACCCACCUCAACUGCACUGCAUCUUCCUGGGAGCCCGGGGUCUCUUUCUGGACUGCCUGGCCUGGAGCACCUGUGCCCACCUAGUGCCUCAGGCGCCUGGCUUGCUGGUGGUCAGUGGCCUGACUGAAGCCUUUGUCAUGGCUCAGAGCCGGGUGGAGGAGCUAGUGGAGAGGCUGAGCUGCGACUUCCGGCCUGGGCUUUCCCCGGGAGCUGGAGUGACAAGCGACUUCUCCGCCCUGCUGCAGUCCUGGCCAGAUGACCACAGGGCCGCCCUGCUGCAGCUGCCCCCGGCUGUCCAGGAGGAGCUGUUGAGUCUGGUGCAGGAGGUGUCCAGGGGGCGUGGGCUGCAGGUGCCCCCGUCCUGGGAGGGGAACCCCGGGGAGCUCAGAGCUCCCCCAGGGGAAGCCAGGGGCUCCCUGGACAUGGGGUCUAUGGGGCAAGGAGAUUCCAGGAUGGCAAGUGAAGAGGGUCAUGCUAUGCCGAAGGAGGUGGGCAGACUGGGUGGUCCCAGAGAGAUGGAGUUGAGGUGGAAGGAGCUGCCUGGGGGAGAGGCCUGGGAGAGAGAAGUAGCUUUCAGGACACAGACAGCAGGUGGAAGGACCGGGGAGGGGGGACCCCUGAGAGGCAAGGCCCCGGGGAAGGGAGUGCCCCAAGAGGGAGGAGGGCUCAGUGUCCAAAGUGAGCCUCCUGGUGCCCACGGCCCCUGUCAACGGGUGGCGCAACCUCGGGGAGCCUCCCUCCUCCAGCGGCUCCACAACGGGAGCGCCUCGCCUCCAAGAGUGCCUAGCCCUCCACCCGCCCCUGAGCCCCGCUGGCACUGUGGGGACCGGGGAGACCGGGGAGACCGGGGUGACCGGGCAGACAAGCCGCAGGCUGGGGCUCGGGGCCGGGGCUCCCCGUGGAAGCGAGGCGCCCGAGGUGGCAACUUGGUGACCGGCACGCAGCGUUUCCAGGAGGCCUUGCAGGAUCCCUUCAACCUGUGCCUGGCCAAUGUGCCUGGCCAGCCGGGCCUCCGCCACAUUGUCAUCGAUGGCAGCAACGUGGCCAUGGUGCAUGGGCUCCAGCACCACUUCUCCAGCCGGGGUAUUGCCAUUGCCGUGCAGUACUUCUGGGACCGUGGUCACCGGGACAUAACCGUCUUUGUGCCUCAGUGGCGCUUCAGUAAGGAUUCCAAGGUCAGAGAGAGUCACUUCCUGCAGAAGCUGUACUCCCUCAGCCUGCUCUCGCUCACCCCUUCGCGAGUCAUGGAUGGCAAGAGGAUCUCCUCCUACGAUGAUAGGUUCAUGGUGAAGCUGGCCGAGGAGACCGACGGCAUCAUCGUGUCCAAUGACCAGUUCCGGGACCUGGCGGAGGAGUCCGACAAGUGGAUGGCAAUCAUCAGAGAGCGCCUGUUGCCCUUCACCUUCGUGGGGAACCUCUUCAUGGUCCCCGAUGAUCCGCUGGGGCGAAACGGGCCCACCUUAGAUGAGUUCCUCAAGAAGCCAGCCAGGACACAGGGGUCUUCUAAGGUGCAGCAUCCUCCCAAGGGCGUCGCAGGACACAAUAAUAAGCAACAGGGAAAAGAAGAGGAACAAGGCAGCAGCGGCAUUCGGAAGACCCGGGAGACGGAGCGGCUCCGACGCCAGCUACUGGAGGUGUUUCUGGGUCAGGACCACAAGGUGGACUUCAUCCUGCAGCGGGAGCCGUACUGCCGGGACAUCAACCAACUGUCUGAGGCCCUGCUCAGUCUCAACUUUUGAGCCUCCCCUGUCCGAGUGGCUGCUGCCCCAUCAGCUCUCACUCCCCCUACCCCCUACCCCCCAGCUCCACCUCCUUCCGUGAGAGACCCACCGCUGCUCAGACUGACCAAGACUCUGAGUUGGUUGCUUGGGCAUUCGGUGCAGGGAAUGCUCUUGCCUGGGGCACAUCCGGGACAGGUGCAUAGAGUGUCCAGGUCUCGUCUUGUGUCGGCACCUCAGAAAUUCUGCUCAGCCUUAACUUCUCAGCUUUGCCUUAGCACAGGGUUUCUGUAGAGUUGGGGCUGCUGGAAAGGGUAAGUCCUCCAGACACACCCCAGGCUGUUAGGGCAGAGACUGUGGUGGGCGGGAGGUAGCAAGGAAGCAGAACCUUGUUUCCUCCCGACUGCGGCUCUGCCAUGGCCAGAGAGGGCAGGCUUCCCAGGUCUCGCUGGGCUCCUGGCUGUUGGCUGGUCUCGGGAGGGCUAUGGAGUCCCAUGGGUUGGGGUGAAGGGAGCUGGUGAAGAAGGCAGAGGGAGACUUGGCCUCUGGUCUCAGUUGUGCAUGUCUGGGACCUUGACUGAGCGGCUUGGCCUUCACUUCUGCCUGUAAGUCAGGGGUAAGGAGGCCAUUGGGAGGAGACUUGAGAACAGAGGAAAGCUCGGAGGAGGAGAGGUACUCGGACCAAGUCUCAGGUGUGCCUGCCUGUGGCUGCACAGGCUCCCUAACCAAAACCUCACUUUCAGAGAUAUGUGGGCCCCUGUCUCUAGGGCCUCUGUCCUAGAUUUUAAUACUGCAUCCUCAGUAAUAUGCCCUACAAUGGCUGCGUCCCUUUGGGGCAACCUCCAAAAUCCAUUAUUUACAAAAUAGCUAAAUUAGGGGUGACUGUUUGCAUUACCAAAAUACUCUCAGGGUUCCUAUAAUGGCAGCUCUCCUGUUGCAUUCAAAUGUUUACACAUGAACAGAUGUGUCAGAAUCCCUGGUUAGAUGCACUUGCUGAAGAGUGAGAACACUUGGCAAACUGAUGAAACCAGGCUCUGCCAUGACAAUGUCAAUGUCACCUGGCCCUAACAUUUUCUCUACAGCAGAUGGACAAAGCAAAGGCACACUUCUGCUGUGUGUGUGUGUGUAAGGGGAUAGGAGGGCUCACAGAGGUUGUGUCUAGAUGGACCAGCAAUCUGGGACAUGAAAACUAAAGAAUUAAGAGUUGGAAGGUAGCUCACCAGCCGGCAGACCAAGUCUGCCUUUGCAAUCAAGGCAGGCUCUUGCCACCUGAUUCCUAUCCAUCGUUGCCCGGAGUCCAGCCUGAAAUCCUGGGCCAGGGAAUUUCCUACCUCCCAAGGUCGCAGGUCUCCUGUAUGGGUAGUACUAAUCAGUAGUCCUUUAAUGCAGCCUAAAAUACGCUUUUCUUUUACUCCUGUUUUUGAGACCAAUUGUUCCCCCAAGGAACGAUAAAAGCUGGUCAAUUUCCUAGUGUCCAAGACCAGAUAAAGAAGGCCAGGUGCCCCCACCCGGGGUUAUACCUGGGCAUUGCAGCGAGUCCCUGGACAAGGUUCUUUCCGGGUUCUGACUUCUGCCUUCCUCUGAGUGGCCCUGGGAGCUGGACGUUGCGGGAGGAGCUGAAUGAUGAAGGGGAGGGUCCCUGGGUCCUACGGUCUUCACCCUGCCCUGUUGGUGAUUUACACUGGACCAUAUUAACCGGGGGUGGGGGCAGGUGUGCUGGAGUCAAGACUGGCCAGGGAGGCGACAGUGAUCCAGACCAGCCACGAUCCUUAGGAAGAAUUUGAUUGAUAAGGUCUGGAACUGGGGUUGGGGAUGGGCAAGUACUUUUGGUUAUGUUGUAGCAGAUAUCACAAUCAUAGGUAGAUAAAAAGGGUCCUAGAGGAACACUUGGGAUUUUUUCCCCCAGAAGGUUAAGCUUAUAGUUCAUUAUUGGUUUCUUGCCCUUUUUACUUUGAAUGAUGCUGGAUAUACAGUAGGCCAGAAAUAUCUUCCCUUUUAUGCUAAGGGCCCGGGUUGACUGGGUGGCUGCAACUAGAUAUGACUGCCUUAAGCUUCUUACAUGCAGGGAUGUUGCUUUUUUUCUGCUGCAGCGUGAUAAACUGGGACCAAUGUGA